AUGAGACUACACUAUAUUACGGUUUUUGAUCCAUCAAGAUCUACCAACGAAAAUGACACUUUCAAGCAGUUGCUGCUGUUCCAUUAUUUUGGCACUACUGAUUCAAUACCCUCUUUAAACGAAAAACUGUCCAUCAUAGGAGUAAUACAGGGCAUUUGGUCACUUACGAGUUCAUGCGUAAACAAGGACGGCGAAGAUUUAGAGAAAAUUAUUGAGCUGAACAAUGAUAUUAUUUUUUGUAUUAAGGUGGAAUCAAGAUUUUUCAUCAGUCUAGCAAUUUCGAAUAUCAGCGACGAUCAGAGUGCCAUACCUUUACAGUAUCUCAGUGCUUACUUAUGGCUUAGUUACAGGUUCUUCAAGCUACUCAAUGGGUCAUUCAGCGGAUUUAACAAGGACUUCCGCAAACUCACGGAUUUGUUGAACGAAUUCGUUAUUCCGUUCUGGAAUGAUAUUUAUUUGAAUCUAGAAACUGUAACGAAUAGAUCAUUUACUGUAAUGUGGCCUGGUUUUUAUAAAAGGGCAAAUUUUCAACAUUCCUCUUAUAAUCCUGGAGAAAAAAAUAAUGUCGAAGAGUCAUGGGACGCUAUAAUCUUGCAGAAUAUUCUUUUAGAUAAAAAGAGUUAUCUAGGACUAAAGGACAUUUUGGUUUACCACCUACCAAAGCGCACCAAAGCGGCUAAUAGGGAGUCUAUGGGAACAAAAACUUAUGGACUAGUAAGGAACUUUACCAGUGACCUGAACACAUUACCAGAUAUCUCAAAUUGGCUAUAUCAUUUGCACUGCACCUAUGGUGAAAUAUCAAGUCAUAUAUUAACAGGAAAUGUCCAUUUUAAAGAGGAGCUACAAGUAGAAGAAGAACAAGAGCGAAGUCGUGAUACAAACGGAAGAGACGAAGAGGAAUCACAGGAGCAACAGCGACGGGAGCACCAAGAGACUACGCAAAACAAUACAAGCGAACUCUCUCUAUCGGAAAGAGUGAUACACAACGUAACACUCCCCAUUUCUUUUGCAUACGACGCUAUACAUGAAGUGAGUACCACGACUGGUGUUUCGGGUAGCUUAUCCAUGAUAAUGGACUAUGUACCGAAGCCCCAUUGGCCGUUCAUUUCAUCCUCUAACAAAAGUGCCGACAAAAAUAAUUACUCAAAUAGCAAUGAUAACGCAAAUUCGAAUGCCCCACUGAUGGCGCAAUCAGAGGCUGUUGGAGGGACGAUAGGCAACUCGAGAUUUGGUUUCCUAAUUUCCCCAUUGAAUUCAGACCUGUUGCCAUCAUCAUACCAAGCCCUGAAACUGAAUUUGAACUUUGAAAACUCCAAAGACAAGGAGGAUUUUUAUAAUUGCCUAUUUUGGUACUUUGAUGAUUUUUUAAUUGUAAUUGUCUGUGAUCCGGACUUCAACAAGAUUUGUGAAAGAGACUAUCUAAAGGACUUGAGCUUCCAAUUGUGUCAGAGUAUGGAAUGCCUAAACAAUGAGAUUUUAAACUCUCAAAAUUGCGAUAACGUGGAAUCCUUUGCUUAUGUGAUCAGAGAUAACGUCACCAAAGAAAUCGACUCGUCCGUUCCAUUUGGGUCUCCAAAAUUUACUUCGGAUGAAAGCAUUUCAACUUUACAACUAGCAAUUAACGGUAUAGAUCAGUUCAUUAACGAUAAUUCAAAUUCCCUAUCGCUUGCUAAUUGGAAUCCAAUAACUAUUAUGGGUGGCUCAAAUGCUAUCAGCAAAAAAAAUACUACAGAAGGAUUUGGAAACGGGGUAAACGAUAAGACUCAAAAAUUCAAAAGAAAAUAUCUGAAUUUCUUGAAUUUAAUGAGCGCAGAAAAGUUAUGGGACUUACAGGUUGACGUCUUACAGUUCUUGACUAGUUUACAGAACUCAAAGAGAGACCCAGAUUAUUUUCAGGAGGAGAGGUUAUUAAAAUUGAACAAUGGUGUUUUAUGCUAUAUCAAAGAAAACAAUUCAAACUUAAUUAUUAUUAUUAAAAACUGGUUUCAAAAUAACGGCACGUCAAAGGCUGCAAAACAAAGGAACCGUUUUAGUUCAGAUUCCUCUAAGGGAAGUUCAUUGUUUCAAAGUUUAGGUCGUGACGUGACUGACUGGUGGGAAUCCAGGGAAAUUUAA